CCCGUGACGAGCAAGUCAACAAGAGCAAGCGCGGUGCAGGCUCAACAUGAGGUAUACUGUGGUGUACCUGUGACCUCAUGGCGUUGACAAGCCGACGGGCGGGAAUUCUGUGGUCGUCUCGUUGGAGAUCUGCAAGGGACCGACGGCGAGAGGGACCAUCUCUAAGACAUGACUCCGGCUUUCUGGCGACGUCAAGCUCAGGACCUGGUUCAGUCUGGUCCAGGGCGACGACUCGCACAAGUGGACAGACAAUGUUAACCUCUGCUUUGCCUCGGAACCGAGUAACUUUUCCCUCCCUAUGGCUUAUACGCGCUCGUGGAGUGAUGCUAAGUUUCAGCGAUCGCUCAGUCGUAUGUGUCCACGUCGGCAAGUGUAGAGCCUCCGUCUCAAUCCCCGUCCCCCGUGGUUGCCGUCGUCACGACAUUCCUUUCUCAGGCAACUGACCACCUCUUCGUUUUUGAUCGAGAACCCCAUUUCCUGAUGUUUCGUCAACCUCGCCGCGCCUUAUACCAUGCCACGAAUGAUACUCUGCCGCCCAGACCAACAUGUAUUCAUUCGCGCGGGCGUCUCAAUCUUGGUUGCUGUAUUCUCCAGAGUUCUCCAGCACUCUCCUCGGUAAUAUCAUUCGUGCACCGGUCUCUUAUGCGCGCAGUCCGUGAUCGAAGGCUGUUUUUGCCUCGUCAUUGGCUGAGCUGUGACGGCCAUCACGGAUUUUAGUUCGCUACACUGAUUCGCUGGACGUUGCAUGUGAAGGUGGAGUCUUCAAUGCACAUCCAUCUUUCGCAUCUUGCGAGGCUGGCGGUUUGUUUCGUAGCAUGGACGGGUCUCGACGGUGCCUUACAACAUUCCUCUUUGUCCUCGGAAGUGGUAUAAAUACAUGAAAAAAGGGAGCGGGACCUCCACCAAGCCUUUAGCCAUCCGUUUCACAAUGUUAUCCACUGCUUUCGCUGCUCUCGCUCUCUUCACCGCUGCCGCCCAGGCUGGCAAGCGUGGUCUCACCUGGACCUACUAUGACAGCACUCUCGACACGAACGUUCUGAACAACGGCGACGGCAACAUCGUCGCCAUCUAUGACUACGAGACCUACGCUCCGCCAUGCUCAAACGGCAUCGGCAACCUCGGUUUCAUUGGCAUGCAGCGCUGCACCGACUGUGACUCGUCGCCUAUCGCGCAGCUCGCAUCGCGCCAGUCAGCGCAGGGUUGGGCUACGCUCUUCACGCUCAACGAGCCCGACACCGGCAUGAUCUCGCCCGGCGAUGCCGCGACGUGGUACAUCAACAACAUCAACGCCAUCCCUAUCAAGAAGGCACUCCCCGCCGUCACGUCGUCCGCCAGCGCCGGUCAGGGUCUCGACUGGCUCAGCCAGAUGAUCUCUGCGUGCAACGGUGGUUGCUCGUACGACUACAUCAACUUGCACUGGUACGGCCCGGACUUCGCGACCUUCCAGAGCUACGUCGAGAGCGCGAACAGCAAGUUCCCCAACACCCAGAUCGUUAUCACCGAGUUCGCGCUCCAGAACCCCGCCGGCGGCCAGGCAGACCAGGUCAACUUCUUCAAGCAGGCCAUUCCCUUCCUCGACGGCGCCGACUACGUCCAGCUCUACUUCCCCUUCGUCGCCAGCUCGCCUUCGCUCUUCCAGCAGAACGACGCCGCGGGCGCCGGCUACGCCGGCACUGGCUCGUGCCUGUACAACGACGACGGCUCCGCCUCCGCCGUCGGCCAGCUCUUCAUGUAAAUCGCGCCGGCCGGACGACACGAGGGCUCGGCCGCGAGUGGCACGCUCGCGGGUGACGCUACGGGUGUAUUGGUGAUGCUAGAGAUGUAAUUUAUCACUCACUAUCAACGGGACGGGCGGGUAUCAUAUUUAUGUUUUUAUCCUGGUAUAUCACGUUGUAAUGCCAAAC